UGUGUGUGUGUGUGUGUGUGUGUGCCCAGGCCCUUCGUACGUUUUACUCGUGCACAAUAUAAGCUUUACUCUAAGCAAAAUAAUUAUUCCGAAGGUAUUCAUCACUCGAAAUAGUUAGCAGAAAGCGAUGCCUCAGCAUGUUUAUUUCCAGUAAAUAUGUAUUUAAAUGUGUAAGCUAGCCCAUUAGAUGAAAUAAAAACAUAUCUGCAUACACUUGAGGUAUUUUUGAAUCUGAAAUAAACUGAUGAGCGCAAAUGCACGUUGUAAACAGCUGAAUGGCAUUGUUGCCACAUGGUCACUUAUAUUAUUUGAUAUCUGUCAGGUUGUAUUUAAAAUGAACAUGUUCACGACUGCAUUAGUAUCAUGACUGAUUAAACUAUAUAUACGCUAUUCUGAGUAAUAUAAAAGUAUUAAUUUGAUCUAUCUAUUUAUAGAUAUUUUCCUAUGUGGCAUAGAUAUGAGAUAAAUUUUCAUCUCAGAAUUGUUUCAGAAUGAUCGUGGAUGCCGCUCGAGGUCCUUACCAUCAACAUCUAAAAAAUCUUCGGGUCUCCGCCGCCCAUGGGCGUGGGUGGCGGUGGUGCGGGCAUGAAAGGCAUGUUGGGGAGCUCGGGCGGUGUCGGGUUGAGCGCGGAGGUGGGCGUGGAGGCGGUGGGCGCGGCGGAAAGGGGCUUCCACGAGUGCUCUGUGUGCGGGCGCGGCUUCGAGCGCCGCUGGCUUCUCACGCGCCACCUGCGCACCCACACCGGCGAGAAGCCCUACCAGUGCGCCUUCUGCCCCUUCCGCAGCGCGCAGCGGUACAACAUCGUCACGCACACGGUCAAGAGGCACCCGGAGGCCGUGCCCACGCAAGGGCACACGCUGCCCAUGGCCGGGGCCGCCGCCAGGCAGGAGUGGGGGCACAAGGACCUGUGAAGGGAGGGAGUACUUGAGAAGCUGAAGGGGGAGCGAAAAGCUUCAGCUCAAGCGCUCCUUACACACGCGGUCAUUCACAUACACGUCAACUCACACUUAAAUACUCAGCCACUCAUAAUCAUAAUCACUUUGUAAAAUAUUCAUCAUUCACACGCACUCAGUCCGUCACUGAAAUACUCAUUCACUCACACUGAAGAACACUCAUUUGUAAUCACACUCGCGCACACCUCAUACUUCAUCACUCAUUUUCUGGCUGAAGAAUGAGAAGGGGAUUUAAUUUUGUAACUGUGAUUUAUCAUCAGUUUGUAAGUAUCUACUGUAACCUCAGUAGCACCGCAUUCACUCUAAAUGAAUAAAGUUAGCGACCA